AUGGCCACUGCUCCAACCAUCAGCGUUGGUGAUGGCAACUCCAGCCGAGACAUGCACCCCUCCAUUGCCACUGCAGGGCCUAAGCCGACAGUCAUUGGGCUUUAUGGGAUUUCUGGCUCGGGCAAGUCGUUCCUGCUGAAACAUCUGCAGCAGGAACUCAGUCCGACCGAGUUCGCCUUGUUCGAAGGGUCGGACAAGAUUGCCUCCCUCAUCCCUGGCGGUCUGGAGGCUUUUCACAAACUGGAUGAGAAGUGCAAGUCUGAUCUGCGUGGCCAAGCGAUUGAGGCAAUCAGAAAGGAGAGCUGCGACACCGGGCGGGUGGCGAUCGUGACUGGACACUUCAUGUUUUGGGGACAGGAGGAUGCUACCGGCCAGCCGGUGUAUACCUCAAAUGACCUGGCCACGUUUACCCACGUCAUCUACUUGAACAUCCCCAUCGAUAUUAUCUCGCAGCGUCGCUUGAAUGAUGGGCUGAAGGACCGCACUGCCAUGUCUCAGGAACAUCUACGCAGGUGGCAAGAGGCAGAGGUUUCCAAAAUGCGCGGCGUCUGUCGAGAGCAUCACAUCCUGUUCUCUGUCGUCUCGAACCCUGAAGCUUUGUUCCCAAGAGUUUUGGAUAUGAUCCUGCAUUUUCGACAACCCAUCACCGCCAAGUCUAAUUUGGCUCGCGUACGGGCUAAGCUUGAUGGGAUUCUUGCUCUUCCCGACCGAGACAAUCUAGAGACGGUCUUGGUCAUGGAUGGCGACAAGACUCUAGCGACAGAGGAUACUGGUGCAUUGUUCUGGGAAAUGAUUGCUCAGACUCGACCGAGCCUAGCAGCAAAGUCUCCGCUGCAGGAGCUCUUCGGCGGUCCCCUGGGUUACUCGGAUACUGCAUUCCAUCAAGCAACCCUGCUAUACGAAGAGGCGACCGACAAUGAACAAUUCGAGACUGCGUGCGACACUGUGGCUUCGUCAGUGGUCAUGCACCCGGAAAUCAUCUCCCUCUUGCGAAUUGUUGCAGAGCAGAGGCAUGUCGGUGCCCUGGUCGUCACAUGUGGCCUUGGUCGCGUGUGGGAAAAGGUUUUGCAGAGAUAUGGCCUGUCAAAGACGGUUGGUGUGAUCGGUGGAGGUAGAAUCUCAGACGGAUUCGUUGUCACCGCAGCUGUCAAGGCUGCCAUCGUCUCUCAACUCCGCAACGAUACCCGCCGGUACGUCUGGGCCUUCGGGGACAGUCCCUUGGAUUUGCCGAUGCUUAAGGGGGCUGACCAAGCCAUUGUGGUUGUCGGCGAUAAGCGAACUAGGAGCUCGAGCAUGGAUGAAGCCUUAUAUAAGGCGAUUCACGUUGAAAACUUCCGGGCGCGACAAGUCCUACUCCCGAGCCAGUCACCACCGCGUCUUAAUGAAGAAAAACUGCCCUUGGUCCGCCUCGAUGAUGAGAAAUUCGUUGAGUCGAUCGUGUGCCACCGUCGCCCUGUCAAGAUACUACACGCCACGGACAAGGCUGCGGCAAAGUUGUUGACGUCCCCAACCCGCGACGCGUCGGUUGCUGGCCCUGCCCUGCGAGAUGCUCAUGCCCGUUACGAUAUGCCGCACGUGCAAGGCCAUCGAAUAACCGGUCACCGGCUACGCGGCGAACAGCAAACCACCAUCGCAAUGUUGAUGCGUGGUGGAGAGCCCAUGGCUUUCGGGGUCAAUGAGGUAUUCCCAAAGGCAAGGUUCAUCUAUGCCGCGUCCGCGGGGGACAUAAAAAGGCAUCAUGUGGAUGGCCAGUGCACUAUUCUUCUGGUGGACUCGGUGGUGAAUAGUGGAAAGACCCUGAUGCAAUUUAUCGAGCACGUCCGUGGUCUACAUGCCAACAUCCGCAUUGUCGUCAUGGCUGGUGUUGUCCAAGCGGAGGUUGUUGUGGAGACACAUCCGCUCGCCAAGCUCAUGGGACGUCAUGGUGCUUGUCUCGUCGCGCUCCGGCUUUCCGAGAACAAGUUCACAGGCACCAAAGGUACCGACACUGGCAAUCGACUCUUCAACACCACAUAUCUAAUUUGA